ACACACACACACAGAUCAGCUUCAGCACAGUCGAGUCCCUGUACUGGCUGGCGUGCUCGCGUUAGAACAUGGAAAUGGCCCGCGGAGUUCAUUUGGGACUCUUGCUGAUUUGCUUACUUCAAGUAGAGCGCGUGAGUUCGUGGGAUUCGAAAGUUCAGAGACCAAGCGGCGCCUUAGCCCGGUUGGGGCCGAGCCGCUCGGAGCCAAAGCCUAACUGGCCAAUGACUGAUUUGAAUCAGGAAAUUUCGCAAAAGAUGCCACUGCAAAUAUUUGGCUUUUCUACCGCUCUGAUUGGUGGCGGUUCAUUUAACGAGCGCCAUCAAGCGCCCGUUAGCAGGGAGACCUGGUCGGACGCCCCGAGCACCGGCAACAACCCGCCCAGCCUGUUGGACGACGGCGCCGACGAAGUAGAGGCUGCUCGGCUAACCCAGCGCCCCCCCGCUCGCACGACCACGCGAGCGUCUUCACGCCGGGGCUCCGACGCACCUGACCCGGCCCACCUGCUGUCCCCGACAAAUGAGAGGAGUGGAAACGCCUCGAGUGGGCCGGAGGCCGGAAACCGACACCCAGAGGUCCACUUGAAGGCGGGACAAGCCCAACAAAGCUACGCGCCCGCUUCAGCGCCCCACGCGACCUUUAGCCCCCCGAGUCGGAGCCAGUCUACGGCGCCCAACGAAGCGACGGCUCCUGCUGCCUCGGGCAAGAUUUACCGUCAGACGGCGUGGAGCGGCACGACGCCGGCGCCGGGCGCUCGUUACCUCCCUGCAUCCAGGGCCGGCGACUCGGGGGCCUUUGCUCGGUACAUCGCCUCAACCAGAACCAGAACCAUCCCCGUCCCCGGGGGCCACGCCAUCAUACGGCCGCAGGAACCCGGUGACCAGGAGAAAGCGAUUCACAGGGAGCCGACCGGCGCGGCCCCCGGGCGCCUGCCUGUGCCGCAGCAGGACUACGUGGCCCCCCAGCGUCCCUCGACCCAGCAGCAGGACUACAUGGCCCCCCAGCGUCCCUCGACCCAGCAGCAGGCCCCCCAGCGUCCCUCGACCCAGCAGCAGGCCCCCCAGCGUCCCUCGACCCAGCAGCAGGGCUACGUGGCCCCCCAGCGUCCCUCGACCCAGCAGCAGGCCCCCCAGCGUCCCUCGACCCAGCAGCAGGCCCCCCAGCGUCCCUCGACCCAGCAGCAGGCCCCCCAGCGUCCCUUGACCGAGCAGCAGGACUACGUAGCCCCCCAGUGGCCCUCGGCGCCGCAGCAGGACUGCGUGGCCCCCCGGCGUCGAUCAGCGCAGCAGCAGGGCUACGUGGCCCCCCAGCGUCCCUUGACCCAGCAACAGGCCCCCCAGCGUCCCUCGACCCAGCAGCAGGGAUACGUGGCCCCCCAGCGUCCCUCGACCCAGCAGCAGGCCCCCCAGCGUUUUUCUACGCUGCAGCAGGACUACGUGGCCCCCCAGCGUCCUUCAACGCUGCAGGAGGCCUAUGUGGCCCCCCCGGAACCAUCGGCAUCGUACAGGCCAGCGGUCCAGCGUGUUCAUCCCAAAACCGUGUGGAAGAGGAUCAGACUGGGAAAAAUUAGUACUUCAUAA